CUCCAUCUCUCCACCGAUAUUGUUCUUCUCGGUUCAGUGUACCAUGGGAGACCUUGAUGAACCAUAUUUCACCUCUGGGAACUCGGACUCUUCAAGUUCCAAGUUCAAGAUUGUCUUUGCUUAUAGCUCAACUCGGCUACCAACGAAUAAGAGUCCACCUCAACCCCGCUGUGGUGGAGGUCAGCUUACAAGGCUGACUUCAGCUGAGGCUAAUUGACCAAGCAUUCGAUUGUCUUCGCAAACCAUCGGCAAUAUGGCAUCCAAGUGUUGGUUUGUUCUUCAACAAACCCACUACCCUCCUCCCGACACCUCGAGGACUGGAAAGCCAAGAGGUCCGAUUUGCCUGGGCCAUCUCAUCCCAAGUCUGAAGCGUCUCGACGAGGUCAUCAAUCGACAUGGGCCGCUCGACUUACCCCUUGAUAUGCCCAUCUAUACCACAAAGGCAACAGACUUGACAUGGGCCAUGGACAAGAGCGAGGGAAUUGACGUAUCUGCUUCCGUAGGGGUUCCUAUCGCAGCCGCAGCAGGUCUCACUGCCCAGCUGGGUGCCGGGGUCGCCUUCAAACGAACUGUGAAGAAGUACUGGGAGUUCGAAUCACUUGAUACUCUCAUCACCCAGCCAACCAGGGAGUAUGUUGAAGAAAGUGUUGAGGAUGAUGAAGUGCGCCAAUACUUGGAAUCGCGGCUAUUGAGUUCAUCCUCUGUCUUCAUGAUUACCGGUAUCAUGAUUGCCCGAGGGGCAAGGGUCACCGCCUCAAAUGAUGGGAAACGGGCCUUGCACGCAGAACCUGGAGUUAGUGGAAUUGCCGGUUUGGCGGAGGCCGGCUUUGACGGGAGCCUCGCGACCGAGACCCAUCUUUCCAACACGGCUCAGCAAGCGACAGACUUUGUCUGGGCCGUUCGACUGGCCAAAAUAAGCAAGGGAGUCGUGGAUCGGAGGUGGUCUCAUAGGACAUUUUCGCGAGGUGCCACGUUUGGGGUAGAGCAGGACAAAGACGUGAAGAGACAACUGGUCGAUGCAUUGAAGGAAGAAGGAGUCCAUGGACUGAAUGUGCAGCAUGUGGACGAAGGUGAUGAGGUUUUUAUUGUGAACAUGAGCUCCGGAUAG